AUGAUAACAGUGAACGGAACAACCAACACUCCAACAGUGACAGCAGGUUAUAAGUCAGCAAUUAUUUGGGCGGGAAACCUUACAAAUUCCCUCGCAGCGUUUGUUUUGCAUGAUAUUCAAGCAACAGACAGAACUGUGGAUUUUGGAAUACAUUUGGAGUUUGGAUAUAGAUAUAACCCAUUAAGAGACUCAGUGCAGGUUAAAGUCGAACAAAAACGUAAGUAAAAUAUUGCAUGCUAGCCUGCAAAUACAGCUGCCUCUCAUCCCCGCCGCCGCUUGGGACUCGCGUUUCGGCGUUUUGAGAGAGAGUGAAAAAACGUCACCAGCUACAGUGAGCGAUGACAGGCGGCUAAAAAAUCUCAGGUCAUAAUUGUACGUUUAUGCGUCCUUGACUCUCUUAAAACGCACGUUAUUAAUUGUUAUUAAUAACAAUAUCCUUCAGACCGAAACAGAAGCAGCAACGAUUGAAAUGCAACCCUCGGCUGUUAAAAACGAACCUGCCCAUUCACAGCGGAUCAUCUGGGUCUUUGAAGUGUAAAUAGUCGACCUCAUCGACUGAUGACGACUAAGCAGUAGUAAGGCCAGCAGUAGACAAGUCGAGAUCUACAUUAAAAGUGACCAAAGGUUGCGGCCUACGCAAGCUAGCCUGUUCCAGGUGAUCACAUUAUAGGGGCGGCGCAAAGGGACCAAAGGAAUGUGAGCAGGAAAAAAAAAGGCAUUGUCAUGAGUAGCGAGUCGGCGUUUUUAACAAAAACAAAACUAUUUCGAAAUGUCAUGGUUUGGUGAUGCUACAGUAAGAGAUGUAGGUAAACAAAUCAAUCAUGAAUACUGUCCCAGAAAAAGAGAAACGAGAGAGGUCGGCCAUAAAAACCGAAUGAACAUUCUUAAUGUUAAGAGGAACAAAAUUUAGGUGUUUCUAGUACGUGACAAGCGUCGAGGAAGAUAUUCUGUGUUUUCACUCACGUGGCCGGCAUCUAUGUAAAUUUAUUGGAACAAAAGAAAGCGUUUACAUAAGAAAAGAGUUCAAUUCCCAGAGGACUGGUUAAUAAUUGGAACACCAACAUGGCUGCAGUUCCAUUGUUUUGGGACACAAAUAUGGCCGCCAUGACGUCAUGUGAAAACACACAAUAGCAAUGCUAGUUGGUUUCUGCUUAAACCAUUAGACUCCUCGUUCUCGUAACUGUUGACCUACAGAAAAAUCGAACUGAUAAUCUAAUAACUAUCAAGUAUAGGCAAUGGAAAACUGUAAUAAUCUAUUUGAUAAAUGCAUAAUGAUUAUAAUUAGGACUGAGUGAGAAUACGUCACUCACUGAUUACACCUACUUUGAUUUUUUUUUUAAAUUUAAUUUACGUGCUCUGUGUAUCAAACAGGUGAUCGCCAGAGAUUUAUUUCUACGCCAGAUAAACCAACUAAAGUCUUCAUCGGCGGUAAUGUUUCUUUGGUUUGGCGGUACUAUCAACCUGCCCAUCUUGCUCUCAUCUACGUAGCUUUUGGCUACUGGAAAAGCCCGGGUUACGUUUAUCCAAGAAUGGUCAUCAUUAAUGGGACAACCAACAUCCCCCAAGUGACGGCAGGUUAUGAGACAGCAAUAAGCUGGGCGGGAAAUCCAGAAACCUCUCUCGCAGCGUUUGUUGUGUAUAAUAUUCAGCCAACCGACGCAAGUGUGGUUUUUGGAAUACAUUUGGAGUUUGGUUAUAAGUAUAAUCCACUUACGGACUUAGUGCAGAUCAAAGUGGAGAAAAAUGGUUGGUAUAAUACUAUAUGACAAUGCACAAUGCAUGCACUUAUAUAUAAUCAAUAUUUAUACUGAGUUACUACUAGAUGUGGGUACAAUAACGUAAUACCACUAAUAAUAAGGGCAAGUCAAAAUACAAACUAGUAUACCCUCAGCUACACUACACAUCAAAGAGCAAAGAUAGUGUACAAUAAUAGCAAUACCAUUGGAUAUUUGUCCUGGAUUUUGGCGUUUUCUGUUUACUAUACAGUGGAAUAAAAAGGUGAUAACUAAAACGCAUUACUCUUGAGAGCGAAAUGCACAAGAUAAGGAUCGAUCGCCAAUUAAACACUCUGUGUACAGUACUCAAUCUUGAAGUUGUGGAAGUUCUCGUUUUAUCACAUAAGUAGUCUAAAGCCAACAAUUUACCCCAGGGGCUAAAGGGGCCAUUACUAAGGUAGAAUAAUUUCACUCAUGGACGUAUAUAUUAGCCCUUUGCGACUUAUCAGUUUUCUCAGCUAUCCGUUAACUGGUACGGUAUUGUAAUCAUUGAAACCUCAAAUUCGUGGCUAAAACAAAUGCUUUGAUUAUAGAUCUUGAAAAAAACAGUAUGGAGGACAAAAAGGGUAAGUUAUAAUAUGACAUUUUUAGCAUUGCCACGCUGGGCAAUGGAGCAUGCGACCUGUUCGAAGCGCUUUCGUGAACAAAUCUCAUUUAUUUCGUUUCGUUUGAUUAUCUUCAGGUAAAGCAAUUAACAAUUAUUGGACGAGGUUGAGCAAAAUAUCGUGAUUUGUCUGUGGCGAGCAGAUCAAUUAUUUGCCGAAGCCGAAGGCUGAGACAAAUAAUUGAUCUGCGAGACUCUGACAGGUCACGAUAUUGCGAUAACCGAGUUCAGUAAUCGUUUUAUCAUUCGAUCACCGAGUUUGUUUUUUAAUGAAUAUCCUCGGGAAGCGAAGCGAUCUGCCAUUUUCACGCAAGAGCGAUCGCAAGAAGGAGAAGAGCACGGUUUCCUUUACGCAUAUGUAGAAUAUUAUUUUUGCAGCCAAACACAGUUGGACGGCAUUGUGCAUGAGCAGACCAUUAUUUGUAGGCAGUUAUUUGCAGGUCACGUGGUGGGCUCUCGGCCAAUGAAAAGAAAGAAAAAUUUGCUUCGAAUAAUAAAUUCAUUUAUCUGUAAGUUUUGAAUUGCGUCGCUUUACUACGGUGACGACCGGUUCCAUUUGUCCACAUGUAGCCUUAAGAUUCGAAGGUCACUGUUCACUCUUCUUGCCUUCUUGUAUGAGCACGGCUCAGCAACUGCUCUAACGUGCGCGUACAACCAAAAGCUGGAGUUUCACUAUUGUACAUCAGAUGACUAAAGGGUUUUAAUCUAGUUUGGAUAUUACAAAAAUGGUGACGAUUGGAGUUUUUGUGGUGAUUCGUCCUGAAUUAACUUAGUGCAUUUUAAGGAGACUGUUGUCACAUUUAUAUUGGUCUCAAACCUGUCUUUGCGUUGUUUCAGUUUACCGUGCAAGUGGCGGAAAUGACGUGACCAACUCCACCAACGAUCGUGGCGUUAUAUCCCGUAAAGUGUCGCUUAACUGAACCCGACUCAGUAGUGAGAUGCCAAGCGGCAGUGAAGCUGGGGAGCUCAGUUAUUUCGUCGCAGAUUUGAAAUGACUACGACUCAUGUUUCAAUUUAAAAUCAUAAUCGUCACCAAAUUUCGUCGCAGCUCUCGGAAGACCUCAAGGUAUUGAUUGGGAUGACAAUAAAUAAAAAAAAGUUAACAAAGGAAUAGGUCUAGAUACAAAUAUCUCGAAAAAUCGGCUAAAUAUCUUUCCGGAAAUUCCCGAUUUUUUCCUCUAAAUAUCUCGAAUUUUUUUUCUUUAAAUAUCUCGAAAAUGCUUAAUCAUGUAAAAAAAUAUCUGGCUUCAUUUCAUAAAUAUUACAGUAAAAACACAAAAAAAUAGCCGGUCAUCUAAAAAGGCAACACAAAUUUCAGCCAUUUUGUUGAACAUUAUUAGCCACAUUGCAUAUAUUAUGAAUGGAGAAUAUUGCUGAAUCUGAUUACAACAGGUCCAUAUGUGCAGAUUUGUUUGAAUUUCUGUCACUGAAAUGCCCAUGCCCUAAUUAGCAUUAAAGUAGCUUCCGAGAAAAACAUGAUAUCGGCCCUUUUUUCGUAACAAAAUUCUAAAUAUCACAAUCCUUUCCUAAAUAUCUUAAAAUCUUCUAAAUAUCUUUCAAAAUAUCCGGAUAUUUGUAUCUAGGCCUACAAUGGAACCUAGCCCCGGAAAACAAAAAAACUGCGAUUCGUAUGGAGUCCAAGUGAAAUUAGAGGUUGAGAAGAGCUGCAAGACGACUGAACUGUGUGAGCACAUCAAGCACAUGCUUUGCAUAUUCCAUGAUGGUCUGUUUCUCCUUUUACAGUAUCAAUUUGUUAGCCCUUGAAUGAAAUGUAUAGAUUGAGAUAUAGUCUCUUGAAACAAGCGAAUUUCGGAAGAGCAGAAACAAUAUUAAUAAUUGUUAUGCUUUUAGGGACAAGGGAUAUAAAGAUUUGAGAACAUCAACGAAACAAAAAAUGUUAAUCAGUGAAAAAGGCAGUUCCCACUGACGUGUGUUUUCUGACCUGACUGGUUUUCUUGUGUUAAAUCAUUAAUUUAUAACUCAUUCAUUUAAGUUUAAAAUUUGUUUCAGAAACCGUGACAGCUACUUCUACAUUUACACUUAAUUCUACACAUUACCGGGUACACUUUAUUAAACACCAAUAUACAAAGCCCCAACCGAAAAUAAUCUACUGUGUGGCAGAAAAUUUCUGCAGGUUCUAAUUUUGCCAUUUUUGCGAUUUUUUCAGCGAUCCGCAAAAAUAAGUUCCUGCAAAUAGAAAUUACCGCAAACAGUUUUCCCGCAAAAAUUUACUCCAGAUUAAAUAUUUUCAUACUAACUUGAAUUCGCUACACAAAAAUGCAGUACUAGGAAAUCGUGUCUGUUGAAACACAACUUGUCUCUUUCAUUCAGAAACAAAACGGUAUACAAUGAAAUACUGUUGUUUAAAAAUAUGUAUUUCUAUUGCACAUACUCAAUAAAAACGAAAAUAAUAUCACAUGAUGCUAGGUACUGGGUACUUUCUGAAAAAACCAAAAAUUAAUUCCCAGCAAGAAAAGCAAAUCUGUCCUAAUCACAAAAAUUAGUUCCAGCAAAACACAAAAAAUCGCCAAUCCACAAAAAUAAACUGCCGCAGACAUUUUGUGCCACACGGUGACUAAUCGAGGCGAACAAGAGAAAACAACAUGCAAGUUUUAGAGACUUAUUUUAAUUAAAUAAUGUUUAAUGAUGGUAUAUUGUAUUUCAAAGAUAUUUGGCAAUAACUGGUCUUCUAUGUUCAAUACCUUUAAUGAAAGGACAUUGGUUAUUUUUUUUGAAUUACCUCCUUAGUAUGGAAAGCAAAUUUUCAGGAGGCCAGGGUAUUUCAAAGUUUUGUACCGGAACUACAGACCCUUACCCAGUCGCUAUGUUUAGUUAGGUUGAGGCGCGCUCGGGGUCUCAUGGGAAGGGACGAAGGAAAAAUAGCGACUGGCAGAUUUGGUUCGCUAGAGACGCGCAAACGCUCAUAAAGACGUGCAGGUCUUUUUUUUUUAAGGUAUCGGCACUUUUCUGGUAUUUUUUAUGCUCAAUAUCCUUUGUUACGUCUAUUUAUUUAUUAUUAACAAUAAAAAAAGUUAGCAAAAAGUAUUUUUAUGCCUUUUCUAGCGUUUUAGUCGUUUCGCCGGCAUGGCUUGUGUGCGGGAAGCUAAGGGUUCCCGCAAAGCAUGGACGAUAUCGAUGGUUCUUUUUAUAGUGAACUGUGGAUUGAAGGUUGGUAAUUCUUUUCUCUAUAUUUUUUCUCGUUUUCUCUAUUUUACAGAGAUUCUAGAUACGUUUGACUUCUUAUGUGAUUCUUUAGCUUAACCGAUUUGUUUUUGUGAGCCAGUGAAACCAAAAAACAACAACAACAAGGAGGGUUUCUAUUUUUUCAGACGACAAGGAAACAUUUUUGAAACAUGGUGAACAAGAAUUGACUCCCUCGUCAAAAGCUGCACCUGAGCCAAGAAAAAAAUCAGAGGCACCUAACGACAAUUUUCGGAAGAAUAUCUGUUCGCAAGACUAUUUUAGAUCUAGAAUGUUCGAAACAUUUGUUUUAAAAUUUCUUGCUUGCCUGCCUCUCCUAGGAUUUUCGAACAUCUAAAAAAUGGUAUAAUUGCCUAUUUUUAACGGAUUUUUACCCUAAAAAGGUCACCUAUAAAUUUCGGGAGCCUUUUUUCUGGCUGAAAUUUUCGAAAAGGUAAGUUUUGAUCCCUAUAAUUUUCGGAUCACUAAGCUUUCAGCUGGGAAAUCCGAACAGAUGAAAAAUUUUUAGGGGAUAAAAAUAUGCUUAUAUCUACAGUUUAAAUACUAAAAUGCGUUUAACAAAGCUAUGUUUAACUGGUUUUGAACUAUAUUCUCGUUGGGUGCACCUGAAAAAUCUUAGCAAAAAGACGCUCGAUUGUCAAGAUCACAACGACGUCAACGAUUCCGUAAAGA